UAAAUUGGUUUUUGAAACAUAUACUGCAAAUUUGAAAUAGAAAGCGAAUUCAGGAUGAAGUCCAUUAUUCCAACGACGUUCAUACAUUUUUCGACUCAUGUUCUCAUGGUCGUUGUAAUCUUCCAACAUUCGGAAUGUGCUGUUAGCUAUGACGAUGAUGUUGAAUAUGAAGUUCUCCCUACUUAUUGCUGUUCCGAUUUUGAAGAUGCUGUUUUGGACGUGUGCGGGGAAGAUAACUAUGAUAUAGACUGGUAUUCUGGUGACGCCCAAGAUUGCUGCAUCUUAGGUUGCUCAGAUUGGGCACUUUCACAGUUAUGCAUCACUCCUCCUGUUUACCCUAUACCAACACUCCCUACUUAUUGCUGUGACGAUCUUGAAGAAGCUGUUUCUGAAGUGUGCGGGGAGAAUAACUACUAUCCUAUUGAUUAUUAUUCCCCUGAGUCCCAAAUUUGCUGCUACUUAGGUUGCGAUGAGGACGAUCUUUCACAGUUCUGCAUUGACUAUAACAGUAUGCACGAUCCUGCGUCAAGCCUUACGGAAGAAACCGACCCAAGCCUUAUGAGUGCAGACAGUGAAGAGCUUAUGGAAACAAACGACCAAAGUCUUACGAAAACAACCACCUCAAGCCUCAUGAGUGCACAGACUGAAAACUAUGCGGCAACAACCGACCCAACCCCUACAACUCCCUAAGCGACUCUCUUCCGAGGAUAACACUGGCUAGACAAGGCAAGAUCUCGGAAAUGAAAUUGACACAGGGUGAACACAGAUAGAAGAAUUAGCGUUUAAAAAACUAAUGUAUUUUUCUGAAUAGCAUAAAGUGAAUCACACAUGUACAAUUUACGUUUUAAACUGUGCCACAAAUAAAAAUAUUUGAAAUAUUUGGAUA